AUGGCGCCCACCCAACUCCCUGCAUCGGGAAAUCCCCUUGUCUUCUUCGAUGUUACUCUCGGCGGAGAGCCACUUGGAAGGGUGAAAUUCGAGCUUUUCGCGGAUGUGGUUCCCAAAACCGCCGAGAACUUCCGCCAAUUCUGCACGGGCGAGACGAAGAACCAUCUCGGCCGGCCACAGGGAUAUAAAGGGAGCAAGUUUCACCGAGUUAUCAAGGAUUUCAUGUGUCAAGGCGGGGAUUUCAUCAACGGAGAUGGCACGGGCUCGACGUGUAUCUACGGAACGAAAACAUUCCCAGAUGAGAACUUCAACAUCAAACACACGGAACCGGGUCUCCUCUCCAUGGCUAACGCAGGAGUCAACGGCAACGGCUCGCAAUUCUUCAUCACCACGGUCCCCACCCCUUUCCUCGACGGGAAACACGUCGUCUUCGGAAAAGUCGUCGACGGCAUGGAUGUCGUACGCAAGAUGGAGAACACCAAGACGGGAUAUCGAGGGAAGGACGUGCCCAAUCUAGACAUGGUUAUCAGCCAGUGCGGGGAGAUGUAA